ACAAUUCCCUGAAGUUUAAAGCACAAGUCUGAUCCAUAUAUCAGUUCUGCAGUUAGGCACUGAAUCAAGAAACCGCAAGAUACAAAUUUGCUUUGAAGGGAUAAAUUCCCCGGUUCCUCAUGGACUUCUGUGAAGAGGAACUCAAUACAUAUUAGUUGAGUUUCCAAGUGGGAUAGAAUUUUCAGCACACCUCCUCUUUAUUAUGUGGGAAUCGUUAGCCUGUGUAGGCUCAUCUGUUGCUGUAUUAAACUGCAAAAAGCGAGAAAACAAGUUGCUGCAGGUCUCUGAGCAAUAAAGGUUUUUGUGCCACGAGAAUGUACUAUAUGUACUAUUAGCAAUGGCUUGGACGCUCUUCAUUCUGUGCACACUGCAAUACAUGAGAACAAUCACUGCACAAGAAGUUUCUCCUUUGCAUGUGAAAAUUAAAAAUGGGACUGUGAAACCAGCUUAUAUCAGCAUUACUUGGGACUGCAAUAUUACAGAGGAAAUGAAAAAUUACAAAUAUUCUGCUGUGAUAAAGGACAAAAAAACAUUUUUUCCACAUGACAUAGAUAUAAACAACUGCUCCACUGAAUUCUUAAUUGGUGACUUUGUAUUUCUAAACUUACACGAAGGAGUAUCUGUGAAAAUUAAAGCAAACAAUAAAGAAACUGAAAAUAUUAAAUGGACAACAUUCUAUCCUGAAGGAGAAAACCAAACAUCUGCUGAAAAUGUUGGCUGCAUUGUGCAUGGCACUGUUGUGAACUGCUUGUGGGAUUUUGGCAAAAAAGCUCCCAAAGACACAAUUUAUUCAUUGUGGCUCUACCAAUCACAUACAUGGGAGGAAUGUCAAGACUAUAAGACUGAUUUAGCAGCAAGACAAAUGCACUGCUCUUUUAAGGUUUUACGGAUUCAAUAUAAAUUACCAGCAUAUUUAUUUGUGGAAGGAUCAAGCAACACAACAUCAAUUCUUUUUUAUGAUCAGUGGAUCACUUUGUCUGAAAACGAAAUACUGAUGCCUCCCAGAAACAUACUUAUAAAUGCAAGUACUCAUGGUGUUGAAAUUAAGUGGGAAAAGCCUGAAACACACACAUAUUAUUCAGACCACUGUUUUAAAUAUGAAAUCACCUUAAAGGAAGAAAAAAUGCAGGAUAAAACCUACAAUGUAGAUAAGAAAUUACACUUUACCGUCCAUGAAUUCACAUCAAACCAGCAAUUUCAACUAAAAGUGAGAGCAAAAAGGAACUUUGGAUGUUCAGACACAAAAUGGAGUACAUGGAGUGAAACCUCUAAAUUUGUUCCUUCUGCGGGCCCCCUCACACACACUCACCUGUUUAUUCUUCUAGCAAUAGGCACGGUCAUUGCCGUAACAGCCCUAAUAUAUGUCUGUCACAGAUUUCAGGUACUGAAAAAAGUAUUUCCCCCAAUCCCAGCACCUGUAAUAAAAUUACAAAGUUUGGACCAAGACGAGCUUAAAGAGCUACAGUGGGCACAGGCUUUACAGUCCAGGAAACUAAAAUCUCGAUCACAACAGAAACUUGCCAACCACAUACUAACCGCAAUCCGCAUAUCCAUAGCAUCCAAAUGGAAAACAACAACUCUCCCAACCUGGGAAGAACUCUACCAAAGAAGUGAAAGCAACAGAAACUUUGAGUCCAGGAUUGCCCAUCUCCACAACAAGACUCCGACAUACUUAAAAGUCUGGUCCACGUGGGAGCUUCGAUCCUUCACACAAGGAGAAUGAAGAUAUACAGAGAUAACAAUAAGGACAAAAACUGUCAUCGCCUCAGGACAACCACAGCCAGCAGAACUUAGGUUCACUAUCGUUAGUAUACUUACUAUGCCUUUUUUUU